AUGAAGCGGUGGAGCGCGACGUACACAAAGCACGUCAAGCAAAAGCGGAAAGUGUAUCACGAUGGCUUCUUAGAACUGCAAUCCUCUGCCCGCAAGGUCAUGCUCUAUGAUGAAUGUGAGAAGCUCUUGGAAAGUAGUUUUGUGAAGAAAGAUGAUGUUAUUGAAUCUGGUGAAACAUUGGCAUUUGCUUCCCAUCUUGUUGACAUUGGUGAUCUAUAUGGAGAUCAUAAACCUGUUUCUGGUUUAAGUUUUCAAAAAAAAGAUGAGAAGGUUUUGGAGAAGUUGGGAUCAUUACACCACAAUAAAUUUGGACACAACUCCAAUUCUAUUGAUAUGAAGACUAACUGUGGGAAGAAGAAAGCAAGAGUGAUUAAUUUAAGCCCAUCACAAAAGAUUAUUAGAGAGUACAAGAAGAGCGAAACAAACAAGUAUUGUUUCUCACCUAGUUGUUCAGAUAUGAUGAAAUCCAGCACAACAGAGUGGGAGGUCUUGUAUACUACACAAAUUCAUCAAAAGGCAAAGAAGUUUCAUGAUGGAUUUUUAAAGCUUGUAGUUCAUGGAUCACAAGGGAGGCAGGUCAUGCUGUAUGACACAACCAGGAGACUCUUGGAUAACAGGUUUCUGAAAAGGGAUGAAAUAGUCAGUUCUGGUGAAUUAUUAGUAUUUGACUGUCAUUUAGUAGACAUUGGAGAGCUUGAAAAAGACAAUAAGCCUCCAAAGGACUUGGCUUUUCGAGGAAUAAAUUGUGAAGCUGUUGUUAAAACUGAGACAACUUAUAACCAAGUGAGCCCUACCAAUGGCAAAUUUCAUGCUGGGAGACCUCAAAACAAGAUUUUUCCAGGGAAAUGUAUGGUCUUAAAUGAUAGAAGCUCCAAGAUUGAUGAUGCAAAAUUAAGUUGGACAGUCUCUGCAAAUAAGCCUAGACGUGCUGCCCAUGAAAUCUUGUCCAAUCUCCGAAAAUCCACGUCUCAGGAGAAUAUUGUUGCAGUGAAAAGAGCAUUGAUGGAGGAGAUCGAUGAGUCACAAUCUUCAGAUGUCGUUCAUUCUAAUAUCAAGAACCAGUUACAAGAACAAGCACACGGAUGCAAUGGAAGUGUGCUAAAGGAAUUGAAUAGAAAAACAAUCUCAGUUGAUGAUUGUAGCGCUGAAAAUUUUAAAUCUGAAGCUGUUAAUGAAGACCUUCCCAUUGUUUCUGAAAAAGUGGGAGAUGAUGACAAAAGAGGAGAAUCUCAAACUAGGACAGUCAGGUCCCAUCUCAGGUCAGGAACAACAAACUGUUCAACUCCCAUCCUUAGUUUAGAAGGCACUGAUUUCAUUAAGUCGACGUCAGUUUCUCCAGCCGUGGAGUCACAGGAAUUGCCUGCUUUGGUGCUGGACAUCGAGGGCCAAACAUCAUUUGGAUCAAUGCCACCCAACAGAUCAAAUAAAAAUUUGGAAAUUGAAAGCCGUCCUCAACGAAUUUCAUACGAAGAGAAUGCAACUAAAAUCGUUCCUUCAGUAAUACCUGGUCUCUGCUCCAGUCAACAAGCCAAGCUAUGUGAAGAUAACCAAGUAACUGCGGCUAGAUUCUACGAAGGAGCUUCCCAUGUUGGUACUGUCGCUACAAAUGGUCGUAUUGCAGAUGAUAUCUAUGAUGUUGUACCGCCCAAGCAGGAUUUCAAUACAAUUGAAAUGGACGAUUUCCCAAGUUUUGAUCUUGGAAUUUGA